AAAAAAUCAACACACGCAAUCAGUCACACACACACACAACUUCAGAUCUACUUCAAUUCCCCCCACUUUUUUCAAUGUCAAAUUUUAUCAACAGUCUCAAUUCCGGUUAGAUCUAAAAUCAACAUAUUACACGAUACAAAAUGGGCGCUUCAGAAUCCGUACAAUUAGCAGCAGAUGAUGAUGAAGAAGAAGAAGAAGAAGACGAACAACACCAACAACUACAAACACACACACAAAACCAACAGACAAACAACAUCCGACAUAUCCUUAGCAACAACAACAAUAGUAGCAACGAAAAUUUAAUGAAAAAAAACGUUGAACAGGAACCAGAGCUACUGCCAUGUCACGCAUCCGCAUCACCAUUAUCACCACAACCAUCAUCAUUUGGCACACCCAGGUUACCCCCAUCAAUCAAGGUGUGGGACCCAUGCCAUGUUUUGUCCCCACCUCCCCAAUUCAGUGACGUCAUGUUUGAUGAUUAUGCUAAUAAUAGGAUUGAGGUAUAUUUGAUAUGUGAAGGUGAAUGUGAUGUGAAUUUAAGGCCUGAUUUGGUAUCUGGGAGAUGCCCAGAAGCUCUUUUGACUGUGAAUGGGAGAAGGCAAGCGAGAGCUCUGGCUGUGUUUUUGAAAUCUCAAGGGAUUGGGUUUAACGCGGUUUAUUGUUCUCCGUUGGAUCGUGCUCGAUCCACUGCCCUUCCCAUUUGUCAGGAGAUGAAUUUCUCAGAACACUUGAUACAGUCAUCAGAUGCGUUACAGGAGAUGAGUCAUGGACUGUGGGAAGGCUGCCUGCGUUCCGAUGUAUACACCCCUGAAAUAUUAACUUUAAAGGAAAGACUCCAACCUGAUUUCUGUCCACCUUCCGGAGAAUCUCUCCGCCAAGUGGAAUUCCGAAUGCUCCAAUUCUUAAAUGGAACACUCGUGUCUUUGCCAGAUAAGCUUCAAUCUAGUUAUUCACCCACGGUAGAGGGACCUCCAUGGGAUCUGUUGCAAAGACCCAAACAAAUAUUUGCAAGAAAGAAAUCUGGUAAAAGCAGAUUACAAAUGGUGACGACAAACGGAGAUCUUGAAGCAGAUGAUGAAAUGUCUCCACGGGACCCACCUAACCAUCAUGGUGGGCUUAAUGGCAGAAUCACCAGUAGUCCAUGUUUUGUAGCAUCUUCGUGCGUAGGUGUGUUUAGUCACUCGGUACCUAUUAAAUGUCUGUUGACUGGUGUUCUUGGCUGCAGCCCUAUGAUGGCGAACAAGAUGUGCAUAGAUGAUUCGUCUGUGACGGUAUUGCAACAUUCUUGGAAAACGGGUUGGCAGAUUAAAAGAUUAAAUGAUACUUCCCACCUUAGACUUAUGUAGUAGGUGAUUCUUUCAAUUGUGUAAUAUGGCAUGAAACAUUUAUUUAUGAUGAUGGUUGGCUUGUUUGUAUACUUUCACAUCUUGAUCUGGAUGAUACUUGUAAUGAGAAAUAUUUUUGUUAUGGAAA